AUGUACUUUUUGGCUAAAAUAUUGCUUAGAUUUUUGGUGCUAUUAUUUAUAAUAAAAAAGGUCACUUCUCGAGUGGAGUUUACCAACUUCAAGUGUAUCACUGUGGAUAAGGAUAUGGUCGAAUUCGAACAGUGCGCCUUGAAGGCGGUAAAUCGAACCUACAAAUAUAUAACGGCAAAGAUAAAGCUACCUACCUUGCCAAUUACCAGAGCAAAGGUUAAUUUUGGUUUGUAUAAGCGGCUUAAUGGCUAUAAGCCAUUCUUGUACAAUCAAACUAUAAAUGGCUGCAAUUUUUUACGGCAUCAGAAAGCCAGUCCUGUCGCCAAGUAUUUUUACGACAUUUUUAAGGAAGUCUCGAACAUUAACCAUUCCUGUCCGUAUAACCACGAUAUUGUUCUGGAUAAACUUUCCACUGACAUUAUCAAUUACCAUUCUACAAAAGUACUCUCCUACCCGGAAGGUGAUUACAUGCUAGAGUCUCAUUGGAUAUUAAAUGACAAGCCAUCCGCAAUAGUCCAAGUAUACCUGUCCCUUUCCUGA